AUGAACUACCUUGGUGGAUUGCAGACCGUACCAGUCGAGGUCAGCAUUAAGAAUGGCCGGCGUGCGCAUCAUUUAUCCUGGCAGGAAAAUGGCUUUGAAUUGAUCAACAGCACAAGCGAUGUGCAGAACUGGUCAAACGAUGCAGAGGUCGCGCGCGUGUAUUACGACGAAAUGUCGAAUCUCGCCCGCGCACUGACCGGCUGCGAUCAUGCGCUGGUGGCAGGCCAUAUCAGCCGCAAUCCCGAACAAGCUGAUUUGCAUGAAGAUUACGCGCCCAUAGCAUUUGUACAUUCCGAUUUCACCGAUAACUAUGACGAUCUGCUGAUCCAGCGCUACCGCCAGAACUCAGCAGAGGCAGACGCUGCGCUGUCUUCAUCCGGGAUCACUGUCGAGGACAUGGCGCGCGCCAAACGCCUGUUGAUUCUGCAGUUCUGGCGCAAUGUCGGGCCCGAGCAGAUGGAUUAUCCGCUCGCUUUCUGCGAUGCGCAGAGUGUGCCUCGCGCCGAUAUGCAUUCGAUCCAUGUGCCCAAUUAUGCUGGUGGGGAUUUUGCUUUUGAUACUUUUGCUGUAACACCACCUGCCUCCCAGGAAACACAUGACUGGUACGUGUUUCCCAACAUGACCCGCGAUGAAGCCGUUGCGUUUCGCACCUUUGACAGCGAAAUGGUGGCAGCUGGAACGCCUUACUGGACGCCCCAUUCCGCAUUUCUGGAUGACACUGCCGGUGAUAAUGCUCCGGCUCGUCGCAGUAUAGAAGUGCGCGCGACCUGCCUGUUCUUCUGA